UGCAUUUAAGGAGGAGGAAAAGAGAUAAGAAGAAGGCAGGGAGGUGAACCAGAAUAAUGUCCGGUUGGCAUUUAAAGGUAACAACUGACCCUUUACAGUUACAACGGUUAACUCUUAACUAAGUUAAAUUGUUACGUUAGUUAAUUCCUUAGUUUCAGUGGCCUCAUUAACAUUUAGUUAAAGAGUUUAGUUGCGAAGAAUUAUUAGAUUUAUUGUUUAAUUAUUGCCUUAGGCUGGGGGGUGUAACAAUCUGUUUUUUUUUUCACUAAAGCGUGCGACAAAGAAAGCAUUCCAGCAUAUGCUACGCUAAUGUUCAGAAAAUACUACAGCAAGCCAGCAGCCCUUACGAAUCCAUAUUCUUAGGGGCAGUAGUUUACUCUUAAGCCCUAUUGAACCGUGCGUUGAGUGUACGAUAAAUAUACCACGCUGUUUCACAGUACAUUAUACAUCUAAAUCUAAAGAUAACAUGCCACUAACAAAAGAAUUCUAUGUGACGCUAUUCUUUUUUUCUUUUUUUAUAAUAUGCUUGCAUUAUGCCCGAUCACACCUCCGGCUUCGUAACAUGGUUUUUAUUUCUAAAUUUUCCUUCUGGCUGGCUUUUAUGGUGUUUGUGUGUCCAUAACUCCAGAAUGCCAUUUCUUUUUGGCAAGUCUGAACAUUCGCAGGAACACCAUGGGCAACUUUGAAAAGAGCAUUCCAUCGUCUCUGAUGGAAUCGACACUGAUUGUAUGUUUUGUUCUGUGUGAAUGGCCUGUGAGAAGUGCGCGAAAUGCAAAAAAAAAAAAGCCGGCACAGCCCACGAUGAGUGUUCAAGAAAAAAAGAGUAUGAUUGCGUGUACGUUACCAGUACGACUGUGUGCACGAGCGGAAGAUUUAGUGUUACGGAAACAGUCUGCUUUACGGAAAAUAUCCUCCGGCUGCAAGCAAACAUUCCUCUUCUCUUUCACGCCAAAGAACAAAUACCGCCAGUCAUGUUUGCACUCUGUGCGCGCUUGGGGCGCUUCUGUGCACACACAGAGAGCGACCCGACUCGGUUCCUUCGGCGGGGAUAUGGUGGCUCACGUACCUUCAUCUUCUUGCGCAGCACGCGACAACGGGAAACAAUAAAUCGUGCCGCAGCACCAUCGGCUGCAAUGUCCAACGUAAUGUUCAAGUUUAGUUUGUUUUUCUCGUCUCAAACCAUUCCUGACACCUAAACGGCCGCGUGACAUUAGGCCGAGAUUUAGCGCUGAAAGAGUUAAGGCGAAGAAAAGUAAACUGCGCAAGCCCGGCGAGAGAGCAAGCGUCGUCGUCGUCGUCGUGCCGUCAACGCGUAUCGACGCCUCAGAUGGGCCUCUAUGCCCGUGUGUUGACCGUCACGCCGUCUUGCUCCAUUAUCCAUUCUUCUCGUACCCUGCCGAGCAAGUUAUGGCUGCCAAAAGCGGAACCGAGAAAGACAAACGAACCGAGACAGACAGAACCAUUCGUCACCGUAUGGCCCUGUGUCGUGUGGUAUGCGUGAGCCGAAAGCAGUCUGCACGUUUAUGUAGUAUUGUAGUCCUAGGGCUCAUUUCCCUAUUCGGCUUCUUGGCGCGGCGCUACGGUGGCGAUGAAGGCAGUGUGCUCCGGUGCGCCUCAUCUUACCCGUGAGCCCGGGAAGCAGCCUGGGCAGCCGUUCUUUGGGAGCUAUGUUGAAUACGACAGCGUCGGUUCGAACCUAUUCUCUUUGGAUCUGGAUGUCGUGUAGAGCCGUAGCGGCCCUGCUCGUCGCUUGCGGUGCAGCCAAGUUAAUUUUAUGGUGCUGGUACCAGUAUCGGCUGCUCAGGGCGCUCGAAGAGAUUCCUGGGCCAGGAGGCCGUUGGCCUCUGCUCUUCACGCCGCGUUACUUCUUGCACUCCCUGUCUACAAAUCCUAGGCGAGCCGGGAGCACAGUGGAGUUUUUCCAAUGGAUUCGGGGUUUGAGUGAAGUCCACCGGCCGAAAGGAUUCUUCAAGAUAUAUGCAGGGCUUAACCCAAUAGUGUUCCUUUGCACGGCGGAGACAGCAGAGCCACUGCUUUCAAGUACAUCCAACCUCAAGAAGUCCGUUAUCUACGACAAUAUGCACCCGUGGCUAGGUUCGGGAGGCCUGCUGACCAGCUAUGGAGCCCGCUGGCGGCAGCACCGGAAGCUCCUCACGCCGGCGUUUCACUUUCGGGUGCUGGACAAUUUCCUGCCCAUUAUUAACGACCAAGGCGACCGGCUUGUUCAGGAACUAAGCCAGCUGGCGAACGAGACCUACGUCAACCUGUUCCCUACGCUCUCAAGGUGCGCCCUGGCCACAAUCUGCGAAACAGCCAUGGGGCUCAAGGUUCACUCCCAGGAAAGUACUAGUGCAGUCUCCGAGUACGAAAGAGAUCUUGAAACCGCCAUCAAGCUUUUCAUGAAGAGAGUAUUGCAGCCGUGGACUUGGAUCGACGCGGUGUACUGGGCAACAGCGAGAGGCGUCCUGUUCGGCAAAGUUGUCAAGAGGCUACACUGCUUCACAACCAAGGUGAUCGUUGAGCGUCAGAAAGCCGAGGCAACCAGGCGCUCAGCGGCGAGGGCCGAGGCGGAGGAGGAUUUCCUUGAUACCGGUGGUUCUCGUGGCAAGGCGCCGACGGUGCCGCCAGCUCCUGGUACCGAGGGUACAGUCAUCGGAACUGGUGCCGAGCGACCAGCAUUCCUGGACCUGCUGUCGCACUACUACCGCAAGGGCAUCUUUAGCGUCGAAGAUAUGAGGCAGGAGGUGGACACCUUCAUGUUCGCGGGUCACGACACAUCGGCUCAGACGCUUACGUGGACUCUCUUCGCGCUUGCCAUCAACCCUGGAGUUCAGCGAAGGGUGCACGACGAAUUAGACCGAGUCUUCGGAAAGCGGGCAGCGAGCAACAUCACGAAAAGCCACGUUGCCAAACUGACUUAUCUCGACCGUGUCUUGAAGGAAACGAUGCGUAUUUUCACUAUUGUCCCUUGGGUCGGAAGAUCGUUGACUGAGCCGCUAAAGAUUGGGAACUGCACCAUUCCCGAGGGGUGCACAUGUUACGUGUUCACUUACGGCAUCCAUCGUGACCCUACUCACUACACUGACCCUGAGGUGUUCGACCCGGACCGCUUCCUGCCUGAAAAGUGCAGCCGCAACCAUCCUUUCGCCUUCGUGCCCUUCUCGGCAGGUCCUCGAAACUGCAUAGGCCAGAAGUUCGCCAUGUUGGAGCUGAAAGUGCUGUUGGCGAAGGUGCUCACCAACUUCAGCGUGUCCAGCUGCAACCACCGAGACGACCUGCUGUUCGAUGCCGACAUCCUGCUGCGAACCAAAAGGCCAAUCAGGAUACGGCUGCAGCCACGGCAUGACACUGGCUGUAAAUAAAAACUCCUGUUUCAAAAAUAA